GUACCAGAACCACUCAAAACGUGUUAUCAUUCAUUUUCUGGUAUUUGACAGCCGUCAUAUUUGAGGUUGGGGAGUUCAAUAUUAAGGACCGAAUAUGCAGGUUGUCUCCAACGACGGCACUUCGGGCCUGCAGUCCGUAAUCGCUGCAUUCGUGGAUAUAAAACAGGCUCAAGUCAUCGUGGACAAGCAUGUUGGUUCUGGUGCCCAGGUCCUAUCAAUUGAAGAGAUCAACAGUAAAGCUUUCAGUGCUCUUACAUCAACACGAAGUCAUUUGAUUCGGCUUUCUGGUGACCACACCUAUAUCCUCAAAGCCACUCCUCCGAUCACGUCGCGCGUAUAUAGUCCGAAUGCACUUGCCCACGAACACAAGCUUGGUCAACUCCUUGCACAACAUUCAGAUAUUCCGCAUCACAAAGUCAUUGCUUUAGACAUUAGUACCACCCUCGUUCCGUUCCCUUAUCUCCUUCUUUCGCGUCCUCCAGGUGUUCCACUCUCACAAGUACGAGCUUCAGGGAAACUGUCACCUCGUCAAACACUCCUCCUUGACCUGCGCCUCGGAUCGUUGUACAAGGCCAUCCACGAUAAAAUCCAAAACGAUUGGUUCGGCCUGCCUUCACAAGAACGGGAUGAGCUCUACAGUUGGCAGGAAGCAUUUACUUGGCAACUGGAGGCGCUACUGCAUGAGGUUAAGGAAGCCGGGGAGGAUCUUCCUUACGAGAUUAUCCGCCGAUAUCUCUCGCGUGCUAUCGGGUUCUUCCUCUUCGACGACUGCGAAGUCCCUUCACUUAUCUCCUUCCUCGGCGACGAAGACACCAUCCUAGUAGACUUCGAUCCUGACUCCUCGUCAUCCGAAGACGAGGUCGCAAUCACCUCACUAUUCCCCCUUUCGCAUGCACUGUGGGGAGACCCACUGCUGGAAACGAUGUUCGUGAACCCGAGCGACGCGUUCUUGGAGGGCUAUGGACAGAACCUAAUGAUUUUCGCCAGGCAGAAGACUAAGCGGUUGUGGUACACGUUAUUCCUAGCUUUGGUUGUUUUAGCGCAGAUCCUUCGAACUCAGGUGGGGAACGGGAGUGUGAGGGAAGAAGAGAGAUAUAAGUGGGCUCGUGAGACUCUUGAGAGCUGUAUUGAGCGGUUGAAGGAUGCGCCAUGUUACUGACCGUACAAAGGGCGUGCAGUAUCUAGGUAAGUUAAAAUCAUUUCUGAUUCCAAUCUAUGCAUCGUAAUGAAUAUUCAAUGGCUAUACACCAGACGGUCUAGUCAUUGCUCAAACGUGGCUUCGUAUACGCCGCCUGACAGUGGCUCACAGGGAAGUCUGAACUUUGCUCGCUCGAUCAGAAGUCUACAGUAUGAAAGUAUGAGAUGUACCGACAUUGAGGAUCCUUCAUGUCAAUGUGUUUAUGGGAGCCAUACAAUGAUAAUACGAUAGAGAAUGUAAAUACAACACGGUACGCUGACGAUACAUAAAGACGCGUUAAGGGACGCGGGGAAUUAGUGUUAAAACAGCAAUCAAAAACCAACAAGUAAUACGACC